AUGAAGCUCUUCAUUCUCUUGAUUGGCGCCUUGGCAGCAGCAGUUCGUGCAGAUUCACUGUCGUAUGUCUAUGGCAACGGGACCGAGGUGCCUGCUGCGAGCACUGCUCCUGCUGGUCAUACUCACUCCAGCCACUCUGGUGGUCACAUUCCCACAACGCCUGCUACCAGUAUUUCUGUCGCAGUCCCUUCCGUUACUAUGUCUCCUAUCCAUACCGAAACUUUUCAAGCUUCCACUAGCUCGGUUUCAAUUACUGCCUCGCACUCUCACGGGAACAACACUCGCAAGCCUUUCACGCACAAGACUCCGCCUCACCACCCCAAGCCCACUGGCACCGGCAAGAGUAUUCCUGUGCACCACCAGCAUACAACUCAGCAACCUGAGCCCACAGCUGUUCCCAAGAGUACUCCAGUUGAUCCAGAGCGCAGUUCACAGCACCCCAAGCCACCUGGUACCUUGAAGAGUACUCCAGCGGAUCCCGAGCAUAGUUCUCACCAUCAUAGACCUACUGGACCUCCUGAGACCACGGUGACUUUCGUAGGCCCGCACCAUGAUUCACUGCACCCUAAGCCCACUGGAACCAUUGGGAGCACAAUCAUCACUCGCCCGGGUGGGCACACUUCCGACCCCCAGCCACCGCACACAACGACUAUCCCUAAACCUACAGAUGCGCCGUCACCUCAAUGUAUUGACAGCUAUUGCGAGGGUAUAUGCCACUGCUCACCUGAUGGCAAGCACGUCAUGUGCAACGCAGGAUUUGCUAUUAUACCGUCUUUGCGAUCUUGUCGGUGUCCCAACCAAACCGGUAAAGCUCAUAGCCACACCCGACAAGUAACUUGGACUGCGUCAGCUUGCAAUUCAAAGUUGGAGGACUGUUCUACAUUAACUGGGACUGUAUCUUCUGAAACAGACUCCACGACCUUGCCCUAUACCACGGUUUCUAGCUCCAGCUCGACAUCUAGUGGAGGUAUGGUCUCUCUCCCGUUCGGCAUCUCACCCACGAUUUCAUUUGACCCACCUUUCACGAGCUCUACCUUCUCAACGUCGACCACAUCAGCCAAGACCAUCAUCACGACCUCCUCUGAUGCGUCCAAGCAGGACCCCACGAAGACAGAUUCAGCAAUCGUGUCAUACACCUCUGACAGCACUGCUUCACCCUCUCCGUCGGCACCAGGCUGGCACGUUCAUUGCAGCGAUCGCUGCCGCCAGUGGUGUGUUUGCUCGGCUGACGGCGCCCUGAUGUGCAGCAGUGAGGGUUUUCACUGCCAGGCUGAGUGCAGCUGCUCUCAAUGA